AUGUACGAAGGUACGUUCUCGGAAAAUGAAGUGGGGCUCCAGAUGAAUCUCUGAACCGAAUGGAGGAAUUCUGAGUCAUUCAGUUGUCGUAGUGGUGCUAACGACUCUUUAGGGCUCACUUGGAAGAGCCAACAUGCCGCAACAAGAGCCAGAUUAUCUGACUCGGACAUCGGUAACGCGAAACGGACGUGCUCCACACGUUUCUGGGCGAGUCUAGGGAUCACUUAAGAGUUCUGAUGCUACUAAAGUGGUCACUAGAAAUGCCCCGACACGUCCGAUUCCAGUCCGCGUUACCAACGUCCGAGGAGACCUAUUAUUUUGCGAAACCGAGUUUAUUAACAGGUAUACACGCAAAGAACCUGAUAUGGAUGAAUAUCGUUCUGUUCGCCUUUUCGAUGCUUUGUUUCAUCGUUUGUUCGGCAACGGUGGUUUUUGUACGCUGGGUUCGUUCUCUCUAUUUCUGUAUAUCUUUUGGAUACCAUCUUAUAAACGAAAGCUUCAAGGCUUAUAAGCGAAGGCUACGUAACAAAACGGGAGAAAUGGAGGAGAAGUAUAAGAACGAAGAAGCUCUGCGUAAGGAUUUGGAGCUUCGAGAAAAACGAGCUUCGAUCCUUCGUAAGUUUCAUCACUGUCUAUCAAAAGCUCGAAAAAUUGCAGCGCAAUUCGCCGGCCACCAUGACAUGCAUCAUAACAUCGAGGUGAGUCUUUUUCUCACUGAUGAUUUUUUCAAAAUUUCAAGCAGUAAAAAAAAGAAAAAAAAAAGAAAUCAACUAUAGUCUGUGUACCACGACUUGGAAUUUCACCAAACGACAUUCCGCUGUGCCGCUGCGCGCCUUUGCGAACCUUGGUCGCGUUUUCAAUUUUUUUCUUUAUUUUAUUAAGGUACUCUACUUUCAUGUGCUACCACAGCAAUAAAAAUUAAUUAAAGCGUGACCUAGGUUCGAAAGACGCUUCGCGAACGCACGCAGCGGAACAGCGGAAUGUCGUUGGGUGAUAUAUCAAGUCGUGGCACACAGACUAUAAUUAAUAUAGAGAUCGCAGAGCCGCGCCCCUUUUUGCGAUGGUGAAGUACAUUGAGUUUUUGGUCAUUUUUUUUUUGUUGUUUUCCUAAUAGCGCAAUACUGAACCGAUUCUAACGAAAGUUGGUGAAAAGAUAGAGUGAACCUCCCUCUUUUGAUCCAUGUUGAAUUAUUUUCAUUUUCUUGCGUUUCAGCGGAGUUUCGUACAGAAAAGAGGAACGAAUUUUAUUUUGCCUGUUUUUAACUAUGUUUUCGGUCGUUAAUUAUUAAUCCCAGGGUCAAGAAUUCAUCAGCCGAAGAAUCGGAUUUUCUCAAAAAUUAUUCAAAAUUCCGUUUAUCAAUAAUAACUCUACUUAGAAACUCCAGGGUGGUCCCUAUAGGGGCAACCUCAGGGACCCUUGGAGAGUCCCCUCUAGGGACCACUUUACCAACCCCUUUUGGCGCUUCAUUAAAGCUUGCAAAAAUAAUCCCUGUAGGUGUUUACUUAGUGGCCCCUAUAGAGGACAUUCUAGUCGCUUUUUUUCAUGAACCGUAUGCGAAGAAGCCGUGCGAAAAACUGAAAAACAACCUUUUUUGAAUAAAAUUGAAUGAUCCCUUUAGGGACCACUUACGCUUUAGAGGCGAAGGGAUUAGACCCUAAACAUCUGAAAGUUUUUUAGCAAACCCAAAAAAGAACAACAUACCCUAGAAAAAAGACUAAAUAAUUUCCUGGUCCAGAUUUUAAUAAAUAAAACGUGACUUGAACUGACCCAAUUAGAAAGUUUUCUCGUUUCCAGACUCUUGCACGACCCCAUGUCGUAGUGGUAGAACGUCAGACUGAAACCCCGCCAAGAGUCCUGGCCCAAAGAGAAAUCCCACAGGCGGUUGUCCAAGCGGAUCACAGUCAGCCCGUCGUCGACCUCACCAAGGUUACCUGUAAAAAUGUUGAUGACAAAAAUUAUUUUUCGGUUUUAGACUCGUUCGGGAAGCUCCUCCAGGGUUGGUUCUUUUUUUUCUUCCCAUUUUUAGAUGGCUUUUGGAUAAUCCUUUCAGUUGAAGAUGGGCAGUGCGGCUUUCCUCACACAAAUGGAGAAAAACGUCAAAAAGUCAGUUUUUCAUUCUUAAUCCACCUCUUUUUAUUUGCAGGUCUUCGAAAAACAACCGAAACGAAAAUUUGCCAAAAGGCGGUCCUCUGGAUACCGGAAUCCAAAAGAAUCUUGCUGACAACAACCAAGUCAAGUUCGAUGGCAUAAUACCUGCAAAUCUUAUUCCGAUUGAAUUGAAAGAAGAAGAAAAGAAAGAAACUAGUUUGCCGAAAAAAGAAAGCUCGGGAAAAGUGUCUGCCCCAACGGAACCAAAACCUGUGAUCAACAACAACAACAAGAACAAAUCGAGUGAACCUUCUACGUCGACUCCAAAAGACCGCAAGAAGAAAGUGGCCGACUCUCCGGCUGAGUUCAUCGACGGAUCAUCUUCGCUGGCCCGGCAGCCUUCCUUGUUCCCUUAUUUCCAAGGCAAAUCUGCAAGUUCGACUGCAAGCGUCUCCACACAGCCGACCAACUCGAAAAGUAGCAGGGCUGUGCUUAUGAGCGCCAACAAAGUUUCUGAAAAAACUGGUACAUCGAAAGAAUCCGCAACCGAGAAUGAUGCGAAGGUCUCUCCGAUGACGACUUCUGUUGGAAAAAGAGAGCCUUCUGAGCCAGAGAGUACCUAUUCAACGAAACUCUGGGAUAAGGCUGCUAUGUACUAUCCGAGAGGCAAGCUGAACCUUGAGCACGAUGAGCAACCGUUGUAUAAUAAUAAGUGAGUUCAAAAGUCAUGAAACCUCAGAAUUAGUUUUUUCGGAGUAGCUCGCUCGUUUUUUCAUUUAAUAAUUUUUUUGCGUCUGGUUUGCGAAUAAGUAUUAUACUAUAUUUUGAUUUAUUUUUCUUCCCUAAAAAAAAAUGAGCAAUUUCAAUCGACAAAAUAACUUUUCUUUCUCUGGUUGGUAAUAUUUCAAUCGUAUACGAUUGAAAUAUUACCAACCAGAGAAAUUUUUAAAACGCCGUGGCCUAUAGGCCUGGCUGGUGGGCGCGGCUUAACGCAACUGCCGCGCAGUUUUAGGAGACGUUUCUCUGCGUAGAUUUACGCUCACGUGAAAGUUUUUUUUUGACUUUUAUAUUCUGUAAAACUUUUCCUUUCUAAGAAUAUUGUACGUGGGAAAGUUCAUCUUACGAUGAAGCCCAAAAAAAAACUAUGGGAGCUUAUUAGGAGUGAAAAAUUAGCGGUUUUUUCAAAAAGUUAGUUUUUUGAUCCAAAACUUUAAAAAAUCGCUUUUACCCCUACAGGGACCUUUCUGGAGAUAUUAGGCGUGUCACAGUUUUUAUUCAUUUGAGCAUUUGCGUGCCGCAGUGUUUUAAGUAAUUUUGCGAUAUUUUAAAGCUGUCAAAAAAACCUAAUAUAAUAUUUUCAUUCAUUUUCAACUCUUUUAUAAAACUAAUACGAAGUUUUCUUUUCAGAGUUUCUAGAACUGAGCCGCUGUCGCAAGAGCUGUGGUCGAACGAAGAGGCCGACACGAAAAUGCAGAAGUUGGCGCGAGCUCGGCUCGAACGACGUCAAGAACGUCGCCGCCGCCGCGACAACUGCGAUCCAACUCAGCUGUUCGUUGACUUUUUCAUUUUUCACAUACUUCUUCACAAUUUGUGAUUGAUGGGCUCUUAAUCUGAACUCUUGCAGUGAUGAAACUCCCCCGAAGCGCAAGUUCGAAGCGCGACUCGCUACUGUUAAAGGUUUUUUUUUACAUAAUUGAAAAAAAACGUAAAUAUGAAAGGUAUUUCAAAAGGUAAAUAUGAAAUUAAAUAUGAAAGGUAUUUUAAAAAGGUAAUUUAGAAGGAACCGCCGACGAGAAAAGCACCUGA